CUCACCCCGCUCACCGCCGCCGACCUCCCGUACCUCUACGACCUCUCCCACCCCUUGCCAACAGCAACCUCCUCCUCCAUCUACACCUACCUGCCCUACGGCCCCUUCGCCUCGCUAGCCGAAUACACCGCCUUCGCUACCGAAACUUACCUCGAGCCUCCGACGCGAGACGGCUCGCUUGCCGCGUUCGUUAUCCGUCUCGCAGGUGGCAGCAGCGAGAACGGAGCCGAACCGGAACCCAUCGGUCUGAUCGCCUAUCUUAACGUCGUUCCACUCCACCGCCGGGUGGAAAUCGGACAUAUCUGGACCGCCCCGAUCGAUAGAUUGCGCGGGAAGGGGUACGGCGCGGAGGCUGCCUUCCUAUUGAUGCAGAACGCAUUUGAUGUGAAAGCAGAGGACGGUGGUCGUGCGCCGUGGUAUAGAGUGGAAUGGAAAACGCACCACGAGAACGUUGCGAGCCAGAAGACGGCUUCUCGGUUGGGUUUUACGAAGGAGGGCGUUUUUAGGUACCAUAUGUGGUAUGGAGAGGAGCCGAGACACACCCUCUACUAUGCAAUCGCUCGUGAUGAGUGG